AGUACAGCGUAUCGUUAUGACGAACUCUUACAUUAUGUUGAGUUCCGAAUGUGUUCAUUCGGAAAUUUUCGCGCCAAAACGGUUCUAAAAGCAAGAUGAAUGGCCUGCGGGAAUGUCUGAUGGAGCUAGGGAUACCGAGCGCCUAUCCCAAUUUUGAAAGAGAAAACAUUUCAAUUGAGAUGAUAGAGGUACUCUCAGAUGAAGAACUGAAAAGACUUGGCGUUGAAACGAUCGGAUUACGCCACAAGUUAAAAAAACUUGUGCAUGGGAAAACAACGGUCACAGAGCAUACCGCUAUAAGUACCAGAAACGAACGAGCCCGACUAUUCAGUCCUUACUCUCGCACUGCAGGUACUAAAGCCGGGAAAAAGAUGCGCCAAAAAGACAAGUUUAUAACCAUGAAUUUUUUAUGUCUGGCACAUACAGGCCAAAAAUUUGUUCCAAAUGCAUUGGAAAAAGAAACUUUGAAUAAAGCUGGACUUGGUAAGAAAAAAAUUGUUUUAAAAAAAUCAGAUGAUGAAAAUGAAUUAGCAGCAAAACUUAUUUCGCAAGAAUUAAAUGAAGAAGGGGAAAUUGUAGGAUUUCCAAAAUUAGCUGAGGGGGGUGGCUUUGAACUACUGAGAAGUGCCCAAAAUUACAGAGAGUUAACUUUGAUAAACUGCGCAUGGUCAGCAAAAGAACUGCAGAAAAAUGUUAAUCCCCAAUCAACGAUUUAUAUAAGGCCAAUCCAAAAAGAUCUUUCCACUGCUUCUAUAGAAAAUCCUCAUGAGAAGUCUAGUGAAUCAAGUUUAGAAGAGAAAUGUGUAACAUGUGGAAGGAAAUUCUUGCUACGAGAACUGAGGAAACACACAGAAACAUGUUCGGAAGCUGACACAGAAAAUGAUGUGCAAACAACAGACAUUUUGAAUAUUAACAUUCUUCCACAAACCAUGCAGACUAACAUAGCAAGCUCUCAGGAAAUGCAUGUUGAGGAAGUUGUUAUUUUUCAAGACCAGGAAUUGUUGUUAGAAAACACUGUAGAAAGUAACCACAUCAGCGAUCUAGCUGUGACUGAAGUUUUGCCUGUAUCUGUGCAAAAUGUUGAAACAGUUUCAGAUGUGACCAGCAGAAUUAUUGAGUUUUGUAAAGUACAAAAUAUCGCAGAUCCGGUAGAAAUUUUACGCAAAGUACAGAAAGAAAUGGUCACAGGACGGCCUUUGGAAGUGAUUGAUGUAACAGAGAAUUCUGAGGGUGAUACAAACUUUAUUUUAAUUGACAGAACACAUCUGUUGGAGACUGGUUUUGAUGAAAUCAAAGCAAUCAGUGAUGUCCGAAAAACUCUAGAAGUACAAUUUUAUGAUGAGACGGCUGUAGACUAUGGUGGACCCCGGAAAGAGUUCUUUCGUUUAAUGUUAAAGUCAAUUAAAGAAAAAUAUUUUGAUAAGGGACUCCGAGAAUUAAUCUGUGAAGAUUACGAAGUUAUCGGAAAGACCUUUGCUUUAAGUAUUCUACAAAAUGGCCAAAUUCCAACUUUCCUAGAGCCAGAGAUAAUCCAGAAGAUAUUUUCUGAUUCCAUGGACCAUCCAUGCAUCACAAGUUUGAGAAAAGGACUUGAGACAUUGGGAUUGUAUACAAUUGGUAUGCAGCUUCCAAGUUUUCUUUACCUUUUCCAAAGACAUUCUACACCAUUGACAUUCAGGAUGCUUACAACACUUUUGAAACCUCAGUUUUCAUUAGAGGGCAGCAACAACAUUGAAGUGGAGAAGAAAGUUUAUGCUGCAUUUGUCCGUUAUUUACGAGAAGUUGCAAGUGGUCGAAGAGAACACUUAUCCAUAGGGAACAUUUUACAAUUUGUAACUGGAGCUGAAGAAGAGCCAGUCUUAGGGUUUCAAAUACCACCUACUAUUCAGUUUCCAGAAGUAAUUAAUUCAUUUAUUCCAACAGCAAACACAUGUAUCAACUCUCUCCAACUACCACGACCAAAGCCAAGCAUUGAUACAAAUCUUCCAGAAGAUAAAGAGCUGUUUGCUUUGUAUGAUUACGCAUUCUUAAAUUCUUAUUAUGGUUUGCGGUAAUUUUUUACCAAUUUUUAUUGCAAGCCAUUCAUUAAUUAUUACCUUGCAAAAACAGUUUUUGUCUGGUUCAUGGGCCCCUUGUUUUAAAUUUGUCUCCAAAUUUGUAGAAAUAUCAUCUACUAUAUGGUCAGUAAGUCAAAAAAUAAAAAGUUCAGACAGUCUGAAGGGUUUCUUUAAACAAAUGUAUAUAUGUGAUUGAUUACAGUUUGAUUACAAUUUUCAACCAGAGACAUUUUGUCAAGGUUCAAGAAUUGAUAAUAAUAUACAAUGUACUGAAGUAAAACCAAUCCAUUUUUAGUAAUGUUGAGAUUGUUGUAAAAUUUUUCCAAAUUUGUUUUUUUUCCAUUUUCAGUUUUAGCAAUGGGUAUAUGCUUUAUGUUCAGAGGUACUUUACAAUACAUGCAUGUAUUACCGAUG